AUGAAAGUGAUGCGGCCAAGCAGUCUACACCAUGGGGGACCCCAAAGGGACUCCUCCAACCUGUCGCUAGUGACACUAAUCGACGAGUGGAGCUGCAUCGAAGCCAAGUCCUAUCCCGUAAAGGAUGCAAACGUAUUAAGACGAAUUCGUUUCGAAAUUAAAAAAUUCAUUUACGCAAAUGUUCUGCACAAGACGAGAGAGAACUUCCUCCUGUUCCAGACGUUUUACAGCUACAGGUACGAUUACGGGGUGGCGUAUGUGGGCAACCAGCACGCCUUCGAGAGGUGCGCGGGCGGCGGGGACUGGUACGGUGUGCUGAGGCGGCACUAUAAGAAGGGGGGGGGAGUAGAGGAAGCAGCGGAGGGAGAAGCGGAGGAGGAUGCGGAGGAACCGUCUGGGGAAGCAUCUGGGGAAGCAUCCCAUGUGACAUCCCUUUUUUGCAAUGGCCGUACCGCUAACGACGGGUUGGCUAACCGCUCAUCCUAUGCUCACUCCAGCGAUCUCUCCAUGACGGGGGACGCCUUCCACCUGGGGGGGACACACGGGAGGGACAAACUCUCCCCACAGCUAUACACAUGCAUGAUCUCCUGCUGUCUGGUCCUCCUAGAAAGGAGGUGCUAUCUGGAGUUCAUCUGUCUGUACCUCUACGUGAAGGCCUAUUUCUCUUUGGACAGCUUGCCUGUGGGAAAGGGGGCCAUCUUGAAGCUUACAAGCCACGAGAGCUUCCUAAACGUUCUGCUGCUGCUAUCAGAUUUGACCUCGCCGAGGAGCUCCAACGGGGGGGGUAGCCACUUCAAAAGGGGGAGACAGCCCACUGGAGACCCAUCCUUUCACCUCACACAGGGGGAGAAAAAAGACAUGUACAGUCUAAAAAAAUUUGAGGAGGACCUCCUAAUAAGAAAUGUCUCGAAAUUUUCCUACAAUGUCCUUUUCCUCCUGAACGUGAAGAUAAACUUUCACCAAUUGAAUUACAAUUUGGAUGCAGAUGUGUAUGACCCUCUGUGUCGUUUUGUAACGUCGUUUGGGGAUGCAUUCACGAGCAGGUUCGUCGCGAGGUUGAACGAGCUGGAUGGGUUGACACUUAAGUGUGGGCGUCACAUUUGGGGGGGCAGCUACAGUGAAGGGGCCGACGGUGUGGGGAGUGUCAUCCCCAUAGGUAGAGGCCAUAGCGGAGGAUCACCCACCUGGGGCGCGGCCGGUCUAGCCAGCGGGAACUACCCUACGCUGCUCCACCCAAACGGGGGUGACAUAUCGACGCAUCAGAGCGGAGGCAUCUUCACUCAUUUCACCAAUCGGAAGGAAACAUCUGGGGGGACAUCCCCGCUGCAUAGUUUAUGCGUCCCCCAGCUGAGCGCCAAGGAGGCCUGCUACUACAACAUCAGCCUCUUCGACGGUGGGGAUGUAAGCGGUGGAGAGGUGGUUAGCGGCGGGGAGAUGACUAGCAAUGGAGUGAUAACCUGCAAUGCUCGCUUUAUGAACAGUCGGGGAGAGAUUUCCCCUGCGGCGCUGCCCCCGGGGGGGUCGCACCCGCAGAGUGCUCUCACCCUGAGGGAAGCAGACAUCUACCAGGAGGAAGAGCCCUGCAACAGCGAAAGGGAAGCCAUCACCAUGUGCACAUACGUAAUAGGGAACAACGCGAAGAAGACCACAAACGAGGAGGAGAAGUACCUCUUAACCGACUUGAAAGAGAGAAGUUGGAGGGGAAUAAGAAGCAGUUCCAACGGAAGAACCACAGCUGCAGAGCUACCCUACCUGUGGCACAAGUCGUAUGCUAACGAUACAUGCUCUCUCAAAGAAAUAGAGCAAAAAAAAAAAAAAAAAAAAAAAUAUAAAACCCACUUUCUAAGCAUCAUUAACAGCAUCUACGUUACUCUCCACAAGAAUAUCAUUUGCAGCUUGAACAGUAGGAUAGAGGAGUAUCGUUUUUUUUCUUUAAAACGUUUUUUUCAUUUUAUAAGUAAAAAUGAGUCUUGGGGAGGGGAGAAGGGAGAGCUGUUGACCACAUGCAAGCAUGAAAUUGUGGCGUGUCUUCUGGGGCAUGAGAGCCCAUCGUUCUUCAGUCGACACACCAUUGGCGGUAGAGCUCGAAGGGGGAAGCCAAAAUGGAAAGACGCCCCUCAGGUGAAGAGGAACCACUUAAAUAGAUUCAGAAGGGGGAACAUUUACAUUAGUAAAAACUACCUAUGUGUCAACCGAGGUGUUGCCUUUUGGCUGGACAAGAAAAAGGAGGAAACCUUUCGCCUUCGCUUUGAGCCCUUCCGAAACCUGUUUUCGUCUCCCUUUUACCAGAGGUACUUCCACCUCUUCCUGUUCUUCGCCCGGGUGGGCACGCUGGUGCGCUACGUGCAGGCCUUCGUGCGCGUCUUCACGGGGGUGCUCGAUGGGGGUAGCGGUGAUAGCGGUGGUGAUAGCGGUAGCGGUGGUAGCAGCCGAGGGGGCCGCCACGAAGAAGAUACAAUCCCCGUGGGGGACGUAUUCAGCACGUUCGUCAACGCGGUGGCGAAGUACCUGCACGUGUAUGCAGAACAAAUAAGGAGAGCCAUCCUCCACGGAAAUGCCAACACCCCCCUAGACAUAUACGGCAAUGUUAAGAGGCACACGGAGUGCAUCGAGCUUCUGGCCUUCCUCUGCUCCAGCUACACCCACGAAAAGGAGGAAGUCUUUCGCAAAAGGUACUUCGUUUUUUAUAACCCCCCCCCAGAUGGGACAAUCAGUUCGAGUCUGAAGCAAGUGGCCGAAUAUAACGCCCUCCUCAACGCUGUGUAUGGCCUAUCGCACAGCCCCCGUGGGGGGGGAACAGACGUCCACGGUGAUGGUAAAGUGCAUGGUGAGGGUGAGGGUGAGGAUCGAUUGCUACAUGGCAACCGUGUGAAGCGAUCGCUGCGUGGCGACCGUGCCGACCUGUUCGUCUUCCCCCGGGGGAGCGAGCUGCUGAGUUACGUCUACAGGUACUACUACCUCUUCCUUAGCAGCCGGAGGAAGCACCUGGCGAAAAUGUGCAGAUUCCUUUUCCUGCGCGUAGUGAAGCCCCUCCUUCACUUCCUCUACGCCUAUGUGUUCCUGGGGGUAAACAGGGACGUCCACUACGAAUACAUAAUUAGCAAGCGGGCGGCACGGACGUUCUUCUUCGCCCUCCACAAGGGGGUUAGGUACUACGAGCGGGGGUGCCUCCGCGCCGACUCGCUCCUUUCGCUCCCCGUUUUUUUAAAGUACGCCAUAGGGGUGGUUCACAGAGCAGGCGAACUCUCCCGAAUUUUAAGAUCACUCAGCGAAGAAGACUUCCAGCUAGCCAUUCCCAAAGUCUCAAGUGGAAAAAGCCGGGUAGCCAAAAAAAAAAAAAAAAAAAAAAAAAUUACCCAAAUGGACAAAGAAGUGUGUGAAAGUGGAAACCAAGUGGGAAGCGAGAAAGAAGCAGACCUCCCACACCUGCUGUGCUCCUCUUCAACCGCCACGAUAGAACAUUUUUUUCAUUUGCAAACAAACCCAAGUUAUAAGAAGAGGAGGAGGCCAAGUGAACGGUUCGAAAAUGUCUUCAUCGAGCUUUGGAAUGAUGAGGAGAGAGCCAAUCUUGUUUUCUCUAGAACGAGGAGGAACAUAAGGAAGCGGCUGCAGCGGUACGUGCGCUCCUUUCGAAGUGCCCUCAGUCGGUCCGCUGCUCCCACGAGGAGUGGAAGUACCAAUCGUGAUGACAUCACCUUGAGGAGGGGCGACGUACACGUGGAAGGAGCGAGCAGGGGGGGUGCCCUCCACACGUGCAGACUGACCAAGUCCGUCAAAUUGAGGGUCAUCGCCAAGCGGGGGGGGAAAAGCGGUAGCAAACAGCGCGGCAGUAGGCAACGUGGUAGUAGGCAAAGCGGUAGUAGGCAGCGCGGUAGCAUACAGCUCAGUAGCAUGCAGCUCAGUGGCAUACAGCUCAGUGGCAUACAGCUCAGUGGCAUACAGCUCAGUGGCAUACAGCUUAGUAGCAGACACCGCUAUAGGAGAGACGCAACUGCGAAGGGAAGGGCAGACGACUCGUCAGACCGGAUCAGCGACGAGAGUUCGUUCCCUCCCUCCGAUGAUACCACGGCGUCGUCACACGGCGGAGGAGGGGCGUGGAGGGAGGUGCCUUCAAAGUGGCACCACGUUCGCUGCGCCGUUGGGAAUGGACGAUCAGGUGGAGGCGGCGGGGAGAUAGGCAUCUCGUGCAGUCAGAGCGGCCCCUUCACCCCGCUCAGCCUGGCCGCAAAUACCCUUCUGGACGAGGGUGCCCCCCCCGAGGAGCGAAGAGCCCUGGCGACGUUCCGCAUAGACUACGAGGACGACGGGGGGAAGCCCUCCAGUUCGGUGCCCCUGGGGAGGCGACCCAACUGCAGGCAUGCCCCAGCGGGGGAUGCCGCAGAUUUCACGCAAUUGGUACAUCACAGAGAGAACGAACGUGGAAGCUACCCCGGAGGUGGGGACCACCCAUGUGACUUGCUUCAAAACCAUGGCAUGGAGAGUGGCCUCGCCCCCCCUAAGGGAGCUUCUCAAAAAAUGGAAAUUAAAAGCAUCAGCUAUUUCCUCUACCGAAAUGUGUACGUUCCAAUUGAGGAGCACUACGACAAUGUAAAUCGGAUCCUGGUGGGGUCCUUUUUAUUAAGUCACAACUUGCUUGCGUUCGUUUGCCUACUGAAGAGCACCAUGUUCUUGGAAACAGAGGAGAAGCACCGGGUGUUUUCAUCCCUCUUGAGGAGCAAGAAGGGGGGGAGAGGUGCCUCCUCCUUAAGUAGCCACCCUUUGGAGGAUUCCCCCUAUGAAAGGCAUGCCAGCAUAAACGCCUACACCUCAGAGAUAGCGCAGUUAAGGACUAGGCAGAGCAAACUGCUGCACCAUCGAGUGGACAGCCACUGUCACACCGACUCAAAUAUAGCCACCCAGUUCGCUCACAUCCAAGUGCACAUAGAGGUUCCUCAUUCGUUAGGAAUUUUUUUUGAUGAGCAGGUUGUAAGUUGCUACGUUAGUGUGUAUAAGCUAACAGCGCUGCUUUAUUUUACUCGCCAAAGCUUGAAUGGUAUUUUUGAGAAGUUCCGGCGGCUGUCUAAGCCGCUGGUUUAUCGGUACAGCGAGGGCAGUGUAGGGGGGGAGGAAGAGGAGAGGAGGAAGAAGAAGAAGGGGGGGACCACCACGCACUUCCGCGCGAGCGACUUUAAGUACAUGCACGUGAUUAACAGCAUCGCGCGGGGGAACGCCUCCAGCGAGGGGGAGAAGCCAAGUGGGGAGGAGCCACCCCCCCGGAACUGCCACCUCUCGAGGAACACCUGCAACGCGCGCCUGACGGGGGAACGCUUCUUCAGCAUCGGACUGGACGAGCAGUUCAUCCGCCACCCAAGCAUUUGCAAAUUUGUGAGUCAUGCCAAAAUCCUGAGUGACGUACUUAAGGACCUAAACCAAAUAAGAACCGAAAUGGACUUCCUUCUGGGCAACAUUCACGAUUACAUAAUCCACACGAACAUCCUUCGAAGUUACUUUUUCUUUUUUAAUAAUGUGUUGAAGAUCGGGAGGUUUUCCGCUUUGAUAGAGUUCCACAGAAGCUUGGCUGAGCACCUGCACCAUUUCGCCUUUCUCUCUCCUCAGUUUCUCUCUCUCAACAGAGUCAUUACUAAUCUGGUGAACCUUGUGCAUGUGUUCAGGCGCAUCAUGGACUGCUUCUCAUGGGUAGAUGCAGAUGUAGAUGCUCAAGAACCCGUAAACUUUUCGCAGAGCUUCCAAGAGCACACCAAGCAGCUAGAACGCACCAUCAUUCUGUUGACGUCUGCCCAUGUGCAGGAGUUUAUCGGGGCCUUCUACGCCAGCAGGAACGAGCUGGUUGUGCACGUGCGGGCGUUUCGGGGCGGCCCCCUGGGCAGCAUCUACGACCGGUUUUUCUUCAACGGGUUCUACGCGCGCGUGCUCGGGGAGGACGCGGUUUGA